UAGCUGCUAGCACGCUAGCGUUCACCACAAUGGAUGAAAACAAGAUGGUGGCUGGUAAAGUUAAGAAACCGGGCAAACGUGGCCGCAAAUCUGCAAAGAUCGACCUGAAGGCCAAACUGGAACGAAGCCGUCAGAGCGCCAGAGAGUGCAGAGCGAGGAAGAAGCUGAGGUACCAGUACCUGGAGGAACUGGUUUCCAGUAAGGAGAGAGCCAUCUGCGCUCUGCGGGAGGAGCUGGAGAUGUACAAGCAGUGGUGUUCGGCCAUGGAUCAGGGGAAGAUCCCCUCCGAGAUUAAAGCUCUGCUGACCGGAGACGACCAGAAAAUGCCUCAAGGUGGCAGCAGCACCAAGUCGUCCAAGAACAGCAAGAACGGCAUCAGCAGCAACGGCCAGGUGUAAUCUGGCCCUGCGACAGAGACUGAUGGAGGAAAACUGCUGCUGUCGAUCGUCUACAAUCAAUAUAAUUAAGCAUUCAUUAAGAGCUGAAGUGACUCGCGGGAACAUUCAUGUACUUACAGGCUUAUUUUCUACAUUAGUUACUCUAAUAUCUUUAACAGUGAGAUGCAUUUAUGUAGGUAAUUCCUGAAACUUUCAUUUUGAUGUUUUCAGACCAGUUUAAGCUUCAGAAUUUAAACAUGUCACUCAUUUCUCCUCCAGUUCAACACUUUUUAUUCAACAAGCCUUUUUAACCCAUCUGUUCUUCAUCAAGGGUCGGAGACGGUUUCUCACCGUCUGCUUUCUAGAGCUUUUACAAAUCCAAAAUGCCUCUGAAGGAAGUUUCAGCCUGAGGCUACACCCACACUCCUACGCUUCAGUUUUAAAACGCAGACUUUCGGCUAUGUUUACGCCUGCCGUCUGGACUGAAAUGGCAAAUCUGAAAACGAAGAAGUUUGAAAACGCUGCUGACCCCGUUUAGGUUUUCAAAACGAUGGCGCAGACGCUCACCUUUUGGCUUCCUGAUUGGCUCUUAUCAGUCAUGCAAAUAUUUAGUUUUGGUAUUUAUAUUAAAAUAUUUUGUACUGUGUAAAUAACACUUAUACACCUUUACUGUGUAUGUCGCAGUAUUUACUUUGCGCCGCCACCGUUUCUCUGUCCUCCCGUGUUCCUUUCAGUAACAGUUCCACCUCGCUGUCGGUCCGUGCAGAGAAAUCUCUGCUGUGGUUCUUCUCCAUUGCUGUUCUUCGUGGAUGGAGAUCGUAGGAGUGUGUGUUGAGAGAGGAACCGUUUUAAGGAAGACGUUUUAAUAAGAUGAGAUAAGAUUUUUGAGAUUUUUACCCAUUCAUGCAGUGGUUGAACUGAAUUAUUUUUUAAUCAAAGCUUAACAGUAUCAAUUCCAAAAUAUUACCUGCAGUGCGACCUUUCGUGCAUGUUUCUCAAGACUUGCUGCUGCAUCAGACAUGUUCAGCUUUGCACAAACGUCCACAGAAGUCCGCAGUUCUUCUUCUGUUCUUCCUGUCCAGCGGGGCAUUGCGUGCAUGGGUUAAAAAAAAUGCUUCUCACGUGUUUCAGUAAAAAACUAAACUCAACAUCUUUUUUCCAUUCUAGUGAUCCUAAAGAGAAAAUUCUGCUCUUUAAAACUCAUUUCUAAACACAGGAUACUUGAGACAUCCGUUCUUUAAUCUCUCAUUUCAUAUGGAGUUUCCUUUUUUUUCUUAAAAUUUUCCAUGUAAAGCUAGUGAGUAUUAGGGCUGAACGAUUAAUCGAAAUCUUUUCAAACUCACUAGAUGACCUGAAAUUUUCAAAUCGCAGGAGGUGCAAUAUUUGUUAAAGAUGCUUUGUGUGUGAAAAUACCAUUUUAAAUUAAACAUUUUGCUGCAGAGACGUCCGGGACUGCACAUGAAAAUCUACAGACUUAAGAAAACGUCUUUGUUUGGUACAGAUCCUGGAAAAAAAAAAUAAAAUCACACCAGAAUUCAUUUUAAAUAUGUUUUUCAGUGAAAAUGAAAAUAAUCACAGUAAGAUGUUUUUUUUUCAAAAUCGUUUAGUCCUAUUGUGAAAAGUUCCUAAUUUAUGAAUCAUUUAGAGAAAUUUUGGAUUUGUAAAAGUUUUCUAAGCAGACUUUAAGGGCUGCAAAUAACGAUUAAUUCCAUUCAUGGAAUUUCACCACUAAUUGAUUAGUUGUUUGAUCCAUGAACUUGUCAGAAAAUGGUGAAAAUGUCGGUCACUGUUUCCCCAAAGCCCAAGAGGACCUCACGACCCAAAUAUAUUCAGUUUACUGUCACAGAGGAGCAAAGAAACCAGAAAAUAUUCACAUUUAAAAAGCUGGAAUUAAGAGUUUUUGAUUAUUUUCUUUAAUCGUUUUGAGUCUUUUUUUUAUUUUUAUCGAUUGACGAAUAAUCAACUAAUCGGUGAAGCUUUACAGAUUUCUAAACGUAGUGUUUCUGAGUGACUGACCGAUCGCUGUGAUGAAGGUGGAGA